AUGGAUUUCUCAAAUUCAGUUCUCGGAAAUUCUUUAAUAAAUAUGUACGGGAAUUUUGGUCUUCUUGAUUAUUCUUUUGGUGUGAUUUUGACCAUGAAGCAGUUGGAUAUUAUCUCUUGGAAUUCUUUGAUCAGGGCCUGCCAUAAUGCAGGACAUCAAGGAUUGGCAUUAGAGCAGUUCUAUCGUAUGAGAAUCACAGAGUUGUUACCUGAUCAGUUUACAUCUUCAAUAUUGAUCUCUAUUGACCUCUUUUCCAAAUGCAACAGAUUGGAGGAUUCUGUCCAGCUUUUUAGAGAAGAAUAUCAAUUGGGCUCAGCUCUAUGCAGUUCUAUGAUUUCAAGCUAUGCUAGGCAAGGUUUAGGAGAAGAGGCAUUAGGACUUUUUGUAUUGACUUGGAGGAAGAAUCUUAGGCCAACUGAAUAUAUGGUUAGCUGUCUUCUGAGUUGUUUUUCCAGUGUGUUACAAGUAGAACUGGGUAAUCAAAUCCAUUCAUUGGUUCUGAAAUUGGGUUUUGAGUCAGAUGCAAUAGUUGCCAAUUCACUUGUUGGAAUGUAUGCAAAAUUUGGAUCCAUUUAUGAUGCCUUAAAUAUCUUCAAUGAAAUAAGAAGAGAUUUGAUAUCCUGGAACACCAUAUUAAUGGGUCUAACUUACAAUGGUGAAGUGUCUGCGGCUAUGGACCUUUUCAGUGAAUUAAUUGGGAAAGGUAUGCCACCAGACCGAAUAACUCUUUAUGCAGUUUUACAAGCAUGCAACUACGGGAGCUUGGUUGAUGAAGGAAUUCAAAUAUUAUCGUCUAUGGAGAAGGAAUUAGGGGUUAAACCAGAGAAGCAGCAUUAUGCUUUUGCUGUGGAGUUGUUUGGUCGUGCUGGUAGAUUGAAGGAAGCUAUUGACAUUAUUAUGGAAACAAUGCCACAUAAAACUGCUCGUUUGGAAGUCAAUUCUCUCUACAUGCGCAAUUUCUGA